ACCACAACACAGCUGGGGGAAGGAGGACCAGGAGAGGAGAGGCGGGGGGCGCUGGCUGCCUGCUACCUGAACUUCUGCAGGCUGGUGAUGACACCUGGAGCCCCGCGGUGACCUGCAGGUGCCACGAGUGAUGCAGGGCACCCGACCCCACCCCCCGCCCACCCCAGCUGGCACCCACUGGCACUAACUCCCUCUCCACUCCCCGAAAUAAGGCACUCCCCUGUGGUGCCUCCCCGCCCCUCCCUCCACUAGUGUAGAGGGAGAGUGAGACGAGAGGGAGAGACGAGCCCAUGACCACAGCGGCAGCAUGACCGGAGAACACUGCGCCCUCAACACACCCUCAUGUUAUUCUCAUGCGGCAGCAGCGGCGGCGAGGCGUGCCACAGACCACUAGCCCUAUGUGUGGCUGGCCCGCAGCACACCAUGGCUGACAACAAACCCAUGAUGACCAAGACCCUGGAGGUGGUGGGCGUCGGGGAGGUGGAGGUGCGGCCCCAGCUGGCCACCCUCACGCUGAUCCUCACCGCCUGCAAACAGUCACUGGAGGAGUGCCGCGCCUCCAUUGACAAGAGGCAGCCCUAUGUGCAUCACACGCUGUACAGCAACCAGGCACGGCGGGAGGACAUCACGGAGCGAGAGGAGUGCCACAGCAAUGUGUCACACAUCAUCCUCAGCGUCACAAUCAUGGCCACUCUUCCCGCCCAGUUCGUGCAGCCCGUCCUCUCCACGCUGACAGAAAAACUGAGUGAUGCUGUGGAGGUGGAGAAGGUGGUGUACCAUCACUCAUGGUCAGCAGUGGCGGAGGGGCGGGCAGUGGCAGGGCGGCGUGCAGCGCUGGAGGCAAGGCGCCGUGCCUCUGAGAUGGCAGCAGCAGUAGGGGCUGAUGUGGGUCCCUGCCUCACGCUGUUCGAGGAGGCCUGUGACCACCUGGCACUCUCCGACGACCGCAGUGAGUGGUGUGUGGUGGAGACGCCCCUGAGGCUGCGGCACUGCCACGCCCACGUCCCCACCAUCAUCAAGAGCCGUGUCAAGGCCUCCUUCUCCCUGGCCGGGGCCUUGCCCAAGAUCACUGCCGCAUGAACCUCUUCACUGCCAGAUGCAAGUUAGUAGCCUCGCCUGAACGCCACCACAGUUUGGGUUUGUUGUAGCCGUUUUAUCACUUCUCCACCGUGUGUCUCAAGCCUUGUGCCCAUCAGAACUCUUCGCUAGGGAGUUCACAGCUAUGCAUUUAGGGAGCGGGACGGUACGAUAACUAGAGGUGUAAGCUUUGGUGGAAACACUGCCAUUCCCAGAGUCCAGUACCUGAUGCCAAGCGAGGCAGCACCAGUGUGAGGUUGACGCAGAGCAGCAAGGACAGGAGAGAAUACCAAGAAGGAUAGUCGUGGUAACCUUGUAGUCUUGUGUGGGGGAAAUUUUACUUUGCACCAUCAUCUCUAGCACAAUGGUGUUGUUUGUGAUCACUUUAGAGCAUUAGGGUUUAUCACACACACUCACACCUUCACUUGGCUCAGCUGUAUCUUAGCGUCUUCUUGGUGUUCUUGAUGUUGUGUUGUUUGGCCACCAGUCUUUAGAAUCAGGGAAAUUUGAGCACCUUUACCCCAUCACACCAUAUGGAGGUUCAGUCUUUGUGAACAUAGAUGCAAAAAAAAACCCAAGAACCCUCUCUAGCAUCCGUGCGAGCUCUGUCAGGCUUCAAACAGCCGAGAACUUUGAGUAGGAUGCAUGAACUCAAGUGCUACUGUAGAGUCUAUGUAGGAAGAGCCUAAAGCUGAUGAUAAUUUGCCAUAAUGAUUUGCCUCUAUGUACCUGGAGCUUAUGUGGCCUCUUCUCUGCUGUAGCAAAUUGAAGCUUUUCCAAAACACAUGUAGAGGCUUUUGCAAGGACUGAAGCUUUCCAUGCCUUCCCUGAACACUGCCAGCAAGUCACUCAGUCAUCCGUUCGUUACCUGCUGACUUGCUUGUGUAGGUGACGCAGCGUGCAGGUGGGCCGCCAGUCACUGCCGUUACCUGUUGUGGUGCGUCCCUCAGCCCAGCCACCCUCUCCAGCCCUCUUCUGUGUAAAUCCCACUCAAAAUUUUUUCCUUGAUAAUUUCAUGCAAAAUAAUUGACUCCAUGGUAAAUGCCACCAUUCCAAUUUGAUGAAGAAUAGUUGACUAUGUGUUAAGUCAAGUCAAACCUAAUUUGUCAUGAGGGAAGUGGUCUGUGUGAUGUGUUCCUUGGGGAAAUUCAUGUGCGGUGAAAGUUGUGGGUCACUCUGGCCAUCUCAGCAUGGGGUGGGAGGGGAAGGCUGGGACAGGGAGGAAGAAGGGCGCCAGGAUCAUACACUCCAAAAUCAGACACAAGAACGGAUAAUGUAUUUCAUAAAUACUUCUUUACAUUAAAAUAACACGGUCAGGACUCAGGAUACCAUACAAUGCUGAACUAAACAUCACAGUUGUAAUGUCAACACAUCUCUGGGAAGCUAAAAGUCUUACACACAUGUGUGAUUGGAACAGAGUACAGUCACCACGCACGCUACAGACAUCGCUACUAAAAUCAAUAAAAAAAGGUUCUCAAAAAUAAAUAUAUUUAUUUAACAUAAGAGAAGGUGAAUCAAACAGGCUAGGGCACUGCACACUUACUGAGUGCAGGCAGACAUACACAAACAAACAAACAAACACACACACACUCACACUCACACACUCUAACACACACACACACACACACACACACACACACACACACACACACACACACACACAGAUUCUUACAGGACACACCAAGAGAUUAUGUACACGACUACUUGUUCAAAACUGCCCAGAAUUCCUUACAAAUAUAGAGAUUUAUGACAUAACUGAUGUGUGUUGGUGAAGCAAGUCUGUGCCAAGGUCGGUCGGCCCCACCAGUCUUUGCCUGCCAGUCCCACAAGGGUUGGAGGGAGAGAUUAUUAUAUUAUAUAUCAUAUAUUAUAGUAUAUACUUAUGGCAGUGACAAAUCACAUCUACAUCAAAGAAAUACGCUGAAGAAAGCUUUAAAUAUUAUUAGAGAGAUUAAUGUAUAUGUCUUGUGUCUAGUCUACCAUAAAAGAGGAUUGUG